UCCUCUACAUGCUCCAUCACAACAGUUACUGACUACUAGCUAGUACUAACUACUCGAGUAUUGACUAUCAUUGUGCCACAACACACUUGGGUUGUUCAUUAUCAGACAACAGCUGCUGACGACAACAUCAACAUCGUUCCCAGAAAUACAUUAUAAGGAUUCCUUUGACGUCCUUUCCUCAUCGCUCAUCCCUCAUCCCUCAUCAGACGACCGACGACCGCCGAUAAUCAUGUCAGAGAAAGGCAUGGUGUCCCAAGAGGCCGCGCUGUCUCCUCGGACAUCUCCUUCGCACCACCAAGAUGCCGCUGCCAUGGCGCCAGAAGGAGUGGUUGCGCCACCAGAACCCCGUGCUUCCAAAAAGACCAAACGAAAAAAGCCCAGUAAGCGCAAAGCAGCAGCGGCGGCUGCAUCUGGAGAUGGAGCACCAGUGCCGUCUAGUAUGAGUGAAGACCCAGCUGCGGAACCAUCCACCACUCGCAAGACCAAGAAAGUCAAGAAGAAGCACAAAGAGAAGCAUCCAGAAAAAGAGAGCAAAGCUAGCAGUAGCAGUGCCCCUCCCACCAGUGAGCCUCCUCCUCCUCCUGCUGCUGCUGAUAAUAGUCGCAAAAAGCCACGCAAAAAGGCGGCUGUGGCCAAAGUACAGCAGCCGAGCUCGGACAGCCUUUCCGAAGCUCAAAAGGCUGUCAAUGAGCAGAUGCGCCGUGUCUUGGAAGAAGACCAGUACACUGCCAAUGGAAGCAUUGUGGACACGGAUACCGACAAUGAGGAGAGUAUCGCAUACCGUGGGGAAACUGUGAGAAUGGACCGUUCGGCUCUCAUGGGAGCUAUGCGCAAACAUUUGUGGAUGGAACGGUUGAAUAGUGGUGCUGGAAACGUUGUCACGCCCAAACCUGGUGGUGGUGCUGCAGGAGCUAGUGGUGGCGCUGGUGAUGAUGAUGAAGACGACAAUGACAAUCGCCGUGGAGGACGCAAAAAGAAGAAAAAGGGCAAGCGCAAGGAAGCUGCGGCUAUUGGUGGUGGCGGCGUUGGUGGCGCAGAUGACCUCAGCCGCAUGUCGUCUGUUGAUGAGGCACCAUUGGAGACCAGUCGUACAGCCGAUGCCAUUGUCAAUCCAAAUAUGGGAGUGACUGCUGCCGAUGAUACGACAGAUGAAUUUGAUGAUCGAGAUGGAGGAUCCAUCUUUGGACAAACGAGUGGAUCCAGCAAUGCCACCUGGGUGGAGUGUGACAAGUGCAAAAAGUGGCGCCGUCUUCGUGGCGUAGUAGAUGAGAAAAAGCUUCCUUCUAGGUGGUACUGUUCCAUGAACAAAAACGAUCCGGAUCGUGCCCGGUGCUCCGCGCCAGAAGAAGAAUAUGAGACUCCAAACACGCCCGAAAGUGCAGCCGAUGCCCGCACUCGCAAACAUCUUCGUGUCUGGGUACGUCGCCUACAAUGCCAUGAAGCCUAUGAAUCACGACAACCCACUUUGACCCGUGGACGCAAACGGGCCAAUGCAACAUCCAAGGAACCCCAUGAAUGGGUCCGUUGCUGCAACCAGAGCUGUGGCAAGUGGAGGGCCAUCUUGAAAAUCAUGGAUGCCAAGAGCAGUGUCAUUGACAGGACCAGGGAUGGCGAGUGGUACUGCGUCAUGAACACUUGGGAUGAAAAGAUGGCCAGCUGUGCGGCCCCACAGGAGAACUUGCCGGCAAUCGGCUGUCCUGGUUGGGUUUAUCAGGAUGAGAAUUAGGAUUGCCAUUAUACCCAGCGUCCUUUAUUCGUAUUUAUUUGGGCCAGGUUGGGGCUGGCUGUUGAGUUGAGCAGGUUUUUUAACGUGUCAGAGUGUUACUAGUCCUAAUAAUAAGGUAGCAUUUGUGCAUCGUAUACAAC